AUGACUGCUUUCAAAGUUAAAGUUCUGACUUAUGAGUACAAUCAUCUUGCUGCUGCUGAUUUGUCAAAGAAUAAGAUGAAGAAGAAGAUGAAGACAUUUCAGAGUUAUUUACAGACUUUAUUGAAAAAGAAAAUACUAUCAUCAUCAGAAAAAAUAAAUGAGAAGAAGUUUGAGAUUGUUGUUUCUUCUGAUGAAGAGAAGAAGAAUGAUGAGAAGAAGAAUGAUUGA